AUGGGGUCGGCCAGCAAUUACUCCGUCUUUGACGCCGCCGAGUACGUCGAGCCUGACGGAAUUUUCGACGUCCUGCGGCGGUACGCAGCAGAUCCAUCCCCCGAGAAAGUCAACGUCUCGGCCGGCGCAUACCGCGAUGGCGAGGGCAAGCCGUGGUUCCUGCCCUCGGUACAGAUGGCCAAGAAGAAGAUCGCCGGCUCCGACCACGAGUACUCGCCAAUGAUGGGCUUCCGGCCGUUCAGGGACGCCUGCUACGAGCUGCUGCUGCACGGCACGAGCGCCCUGGCAGAAGGACGGGUCGCCGGCGUGCAAUCCCUCUCGGGGACGGGCGCGCUCCUCCUGGCCGGCAUGGCCCUGCGCAAGGCAAACGCGGGCAUCAAGACCGUCUACCUGACGACGCCCACCUGGCCCAACCACGAGCUGCUCUUCGAGACCAUGGGCUUCGCCGUCCGGUGGCUGCCCUACUACAACACCAAGACCCGCGCCUUCGACCAGGACGCCUUCGUCGCGGGCCUGCACGCCGCCGAGCCCGGGUCCGCCGUCAUCUUCCACGCCUGCGCACACAACCCCACGGGCUGCGACCCCUCGCGCGACGGCUGGCGCGCCAUCGCCGACGCCGUGCGCGCCCGCUCCAUCUUCCCCGUCUUCGACUCGGCCUACCUGGGCUUCAACUCGGGCAGCGUCGACGAGGACGCGUGGGCCAUCCGGUACUUUGUCGACGAGCUGCGCCUCGAGGCCGCCGUGUGCACCUCCUUCUCCAAGAACAUGGGCCUGUACGGCGAGCGCGUCGGCACGGUGACCUUUGUCUCCGCCUCGCGCGAGGCCGCCGCCACCGUCCAGAGCAUCCUCGAGAACGCGCAGCGCGCCACCAUCAGCACCCCGCCCCUCUACGGCGCCCGCAUCGCCGAGGCGGUGCUGACCACCCCGGAGAUCAGGGCGCAGUGGGCGCAGGAUUUGGUCACUAUGAGCGGGCGGAUCCUGGCCAUGCGCAGGAGGCUGUUUGAGGAGCUCGUCAAGCUCGGGGCGCCGGGGGACUGGAGCCAUGUCGUCAAGCAGUCGGGCAUGUUUGGCUUCCUGGGGCUGACGCCGGCGCAGGUUGCUCACCUCGAGACGGAACACCAUGUCUACAUGGCCAGCACCUCGCGCAUAUCGAUAGCCGGGCUGAAUGACGGGAACGUCGAGUACUUUGCGAGGGCGCUGGACGCCACCGUGCGGGCCGUUGCAUAA